AUGCAGCUCAAUACUCGCCUUCUCUCGCUUUCCGCGUUCAUUCUCCUCGCGCAGCAUACCUAUGCACAGACCCCUUCAGGCGAGACGAUCCCCUACACAGACCUCUUCCCGAAUGCGGACCCGCAGGGAGCUACGAACUGCACUCUGCAGCUUGUCACAAGCGCGACGGACGUGACGGACCCCGACGCUGGUGAGGACGGGGGCGUUGGGUCCUCAACGUUCGAUGGAACGGCCGACGGGAGCGACCCGAACAGCCAGUCUUUUGCAGAGGUCGUGAUUGACUCGCCGAACGAGAGCUCGGUGUCGUCUAUGAACCCGCAGUCGGACUGGCGCGUUGUUGGGUGCAACACUCACAGUGACCAGCCUCAGAAUGUACUCGCUUACUGCUCCAAGGCGAUGGAUGACCCAAAGUCGGGAUGUGGGCACGUCUUCCUCGGCAAAGCAGAGCACACCAUCGUCGCGAUGCCAGCGGAAUGUGGUCUCGGCCCGUACGCACGCGUCAGCAAGCUGGAGCCGCACCCGGACCAGUCGCUCGCAAAGCAGUUCGCAGGCGAGGACAAACCCGAGAACGAGCCGAUGUACCACUUCGCAUUCGACUACGAGUUCACUGACAUUCCGGAGGAUAAUGGCCCUGUGUACAUGCGCAUCGAUGCAUCAAACAUGAUGGACUUCUGGGACAACAUCGUCGAGUCCCCGCCCGAGCGCAGACAGUGGCUCGAAGAACGUGGUCUAUGGGAGGAUAAACCCUCUAAGCGCGGUUUAUGGGACACCUUCACAUCCUGGGUUAAGAAAACCACUACGAUUACGUCCCAGAAGGGUGGCGGAAACACGUACAAGUGGGACGACAAGUUCAAUCUCACCAAGCUCUACACUAAGGACGUUGGCUCGGGUGGCUCUAGAGACCUUGUAUUGACCCUGUCUUCUUUAGUCAGCGGAUCUUUCGACUUCGAGAUUGACGCGCAUGCUUCACUCAGUGCCAAGUACGGAUACUACGUCCAGGGCAGCGUUAUUCCUCCUGCUAUCGACAAGGCGUACUUGUACUUCACGUCCAAUGCCCAUGCCGAUGCAGGAAUCUUGAUCAAGGGCGAGGCCAAAGCUUCGUACAAGUCUCAACGUCUCCAGGUUGCCAACCUCGGCUUCCCUGGUCUUUACUACCCUGGUCUCAUUACGAUUGGCCCUGCUCUCAACAUCGAAGCCUACCUCGCUGGAUCUCUGACUUUAAGCGGAAAAUUCGAGACGCGCUUGACAAUCGACCUCCCUCUGGCUAACUUUGCGUUCGGAAAACAAGGCGACGAUCAGGAUCCCCAGCCCAUCACCACUAUCGCCGGUCCCUCUGCUCCCACCGUUAGCCAAGACGUCAACAUCCAGUUCGGCCUCCAAGGCGACCUAUCUGUUCAUCUUGUCCCUCAGCUCCAGUUUGGCAUCAAGCUCCUCGGCGGCAAGCUACUCGAUGCGCAGAGCUUCAUUGGUGUCGACGUUGGCGGCGGCAUCACGCUUGAUGCUGGUGUGGGCACUGGAACUAGCCCUCAUGCAUGCAUCACCCCCUACAUUGACAUUCUAUUCGAGGCUGGUCUGAGGGGCAGUGUACUGUACUGGAAGCCAAAGCCCGCGAGCUACAAGAUCUUCCAGGAAAAAUACCCAUUCGACUCUGUCAAACAGUGUCUCGGUAACACCUCCAAGCGCGACAUGCUCGACAAUUUCGGCGUCGAAGACGUGGACGAGUUCCUCGCUCUUGACGAAAUACCCUACAAAGUCAUUGAUGCACGCAACACUGAUUUCAUGGACGAUACUUCCUUCGAUACUGUGCCAGCCCUCGGCUCAGGCUUUGAUGCCAAACCCUCCCGCGUUUACCGCAACAUGAUCGUUUCGGCCUAA